GCCCAAGCCCUCCCUAAACGUUUGUCUUUUGACUCUUUUGGUCAAGGACUUGAGUCAAAUGUUUGCAAUAUUUUUGCCUUUUUUUCUUUUCUUUCUAAAGGUUCAUUGAGCAUUAAAUUUGGGCAAAAUUCAUGAAUACCACUUUUCAAGAUUGUAAUUAACGAAUAGCAACUUCAUGGAGUUUCAAAAUUCACAUGUGAAACUGAAACUUAAAACUCCAGAACACUAUCAUGGAAGUCUUAUUUGUGGAAUUUGAAAUUGCAUGACAAUUGCUAUUUUUAAAAGACAAGGCCUCACAAAUGGCCAGCGGAUGCUAUUUUUAUAGAAAAUUGUCCUCGAAUGUCCACUUAUUAUUUAGGACAGUUUAGCAACCAAGAGGCAUGCCAAAAUUCACAUUGUCAUAUCAUAAAUUCAAUUUUGAUGGCCUAAUGACUGCUGUUUAAUUAAGCCUUUCUAAUGCAUCAUGGUGGUUUUAGAGCUCCCUAUCGACGAGAGAGUCAUUUUUAGAGAUUGAACUCGAAAUCUUAGAUUAAAAAUUAAGGAACUUGUAUCAUUUCACCACAUCAUUCACUACUAUUGCAAGUGAACUUUUAGUUUUUCCAAAAUAACUUAAAUUAAAUUAUCACUUUGGGUUUGCUAGACAAACAUACGUGAAGAAAUGUAUCAAUUUUGUCAGCAUAUAACCUCUUUUUAUUGUGGUCCUACAAAGGGUAGGAUGUUAGGUAACACAAAAUCAAACCAAAUGGUGUGAAGGUUCCUAAAAAGGCAAAACUCAAAAAAAUAUGGAUUUUUACACCUACUUUAAUAUUUUUGGAACUCUGAAUAGUUUGUGCUUUGUGUAUGUCUUUUUCUCUCUUCUUUUCAUUGGAUUCUGUGGGCUUUUACCUUGCUUUCCUUGUUCUUUGACUCUUAUAAAUUGCAAGUUUCAUUUCCAAAUGAAUAACACUUUCAUUUUAAGUUUCAUCAAAUUAACCAUAACUAUGCAAAUCAUCAGAUUCAUCUCUGCUCUACUCAUUUGUUUCUCAUUGUUCAUGUUAUAUCCAUUUUCAUCUGCUGCUCCACUGUUAGAUCAUGAAGUGAAGGUGACUAUACCUUCAAGUCCUAGGAAGCUGAAGUUCAACGAACAGCCAAAUGUGAAAAGCAAUGGAGAUAAAAUGAAUUUGGUCCCAUUCAACACUGCAAAACAAGCUUCAUUAACAGGUAAAGAACAUGAGCCAGAAGGUGCAAAAUGGGUGCAUGCAAGAAAAGGAACAAGGCAAGAAUGGAUUGAAGGGAAAGAUACAUCUGAGUUCUUUACAAUGGACUAUCAUUGGGUUAGAAGACGACGUCCCAUACAUAACAAGUCUAUUCGCCCAUGAAAUGACGAUCUCAAACUAGUUGGAAUCGGCUUUUAGUUACUUUUAUUGGUGAUUCUCAACAGUAACAAUUAUGCUUUAAUCUCAAAUUAGUUGAGAUCGACUGUAUCAAUCCUCAAUAUAGUACCGUAUAGUGAUUCCCAUUAUUCAGUAUAAAAAAUAGUUUUUGGGAAUACAAUUUUGACUUAGGAAAAUGAAGUGUGUUUUGUUGUAUAUUAGGAGUUUGUUGUAAGAAUAUGAGGAUUAUGUCGUGUUGUACCUUUGUUUAUGGCCGACAUUAAACCCUAACUUUUGGUACUAACAAGAAAAACCCUACCACCUUUCUGUUUUGA